AAAUGGCAGAUUGGGGGCCGGUGGUGAUAGCGGUGGUGCUGUUUGUGUUAUUAACACCAGGGCUGUUGUUUCAGUUGCCUGGUAGGAGCAAGGUUGUCGAGUUCGGUAACAUGCAGACUAGUGGUGUUUCUAUACUUGUUCAUACUAUCAUUUAUUUCGGUCUCAUUACUAUCUUCCUUAUUGCUAUUGGUGUUCACAUCUCCACCGGUUAAAACAUUAGCACCCCUUAUUCUUAUCUUUUGGAAAACUUGUAUGGUUCUCUCUGUCUUGAUGGAUUUUGUAAGGAUGGAUAUUUGUAAUGUUCUUAUUUGUGGUGGUGGUAGAAAACUAAGGGAGAAGCUUUAUGUUUAGAUGGCUAAUCAAUUGAUUUUCAUGGUGUUCAUCGUGUGGAAGUCUAAUGUCUUUCUUUCUAGGAUUUUAAUUACUUAUUUCUUUUCUCUAUAUCAAUGUUGUUUUUUCUGGGAUAAAAAAUGUGUAAAAGUUGGUGACUCUGUCUAUUUCUGUUA